AUGGUUGGCUUGGUACCGAUACGAAAUGGUAAACUUGAAAUAUUAGGUUGCUCCUUGCGUAGAAAGCAAGUCAUAACAGGUAAUAUUAUGAGCUACUACGAAAUGAUCGAGACGAGAGCAUUUACCAAUAUUAUCGCCAAACUUUACCCAGUUGCUAGCCUAUGCUGUAGUAGACGUUUAAAAGCAUCAAGUAUUUUUAACGAACAUUAUAAGUUUCUACUGGUAAAUCAGUUUCGUAUAAGUACUAAAAAUGUUAUUUUACCAAGUGGUAGAAGAGUUCAGUUUCCAAUAUCAUUAAAAUCUGGAGGCAAAGAAAUUGUAAUCGGGUCAGACAGAACGGUAUCUAUUGGUAAACCAAAGAAAGCAUCGACAAAUACAACGAAACAAACUAAGCCUCAACGCAGUAAUACUAAUAGCUCUGUUCCGAAUAAGAGUGCCAAGGUCUUGAAAACAUCACAACCUGUAAAGAAUUCAAAGCCUAAAUUAGCUAAUCAAGAUAAAUCCGGUAGGCCUAGGCCAAAGCCAGAUGAUGCUAUUAAAAGUAGGAUUAACUCAUCAAAGAGUGGAUCUAAAACAGCAAUAAAGCCUGCACAAACUAUAAAAAAUGAGCACAUAACGACAGCAGGAGAUGUAGGACUAUCGACAGCACCGUUACAGACUUAUGAUCAUGCAACAAAUCAAGAAUUGUUAGAAUCAACUAUACCCGAGAAGAAAAUAUCAGAACCUACAUCGGCUCCAAAUAUCGUUGAAAGGCUGGAAGAACCACAAAGUAAUCUUCUAAAUGAUGAUGAUUUACUUAAAAGUAUUAAGAUGCAUACACAUGAACAGUCAUCGAGUAAUCGAAUUGUAGUUGAGCAACGUCUAAAUGAAAAAUGGAAACAAGACUUGGCUAAACAGGUACAGGAAAGAAAGAAAAUGAAAGAUGCGAUCAAGAAUCGUAAAGACGAUGUAGAAGAAUAUUAUAAUCCAUGGGGAAGGCCAGGAUGUGGUGCACCAAUAGUAGAUGAUAACCGACAAAUUGUUCAUGAUUAUAGAAGGAGAAAAUUAAAUGAAAGCUUAGAGAUGCCCACACAGACUGAUUCUUUACCGAGGCAAGAAAAUACAUUAAAUACCGAAAGUCGAUUAUCUAUUCAUAUGGAUCAAAACAAAACCUGUAAUUUCUAA